AUGACCUUGGAUGCAGGCCCCAAAUUGAAGCUGCUGAAGGAGUCUAUAAGUCUUGUCAAACAAAACAGUAUAGUCUCGUCAUCUGGUCGAGAAUACAGCGUUGAUUUCAUUGUCUUGGCAACAGGUUUUGAGUUCACUCAAUGGCAAGCCCACUCAGUGGUCGGCCGACGCGGCAAAACAUUGCAGCAACACUGGGACAGCAUGGGUGGAGCUGGAGCUUAUCAGACGGUGGCGCUCGACCCAUCCUCAGACGGCAGGCAGGCUCAGUUGAGGUUUGCCAGCAAGCAGAAAUGA